GGGACAGCUCUGCAGUUCUGGAGAUAAAACAGAAUUCUUUCACAUUUGCGUCUUAGGAUACUUAAGAAUUUGGAUGGAUUUCACGGGAAGGUUUCACAUACAGUAAGAGAUUAAGAGCCCAGGAGGUUAAAUUUCAGGAAAGCUCUCUUGGAUCCCAGAUAAAGGCGGGGUGUUUAAAAAAAAAAAAAAACGAAAACAAAAGUUGCCUGAGUCAGAGUCCUUUGACUUUCCCCUGCACGCCAGACUGCUUCUCUCCCGACUGAAACAGAAGAAUACUUCCCUCAGAUAAUCUCCAUUCCUGUUCCUAUUUCCUCACGUUGUUGAUUGCAGCCAUGACUUUAGAGCAGAACCAGUCAACAGAUGAUUACUAUGAGGAAAAUGAAAUGAAUUACACUUAUGACUACAGUCACUAUGAAGUGGUCUGUAUAAAAGAAGAGGUCAGACAAUUUGCAAAAGUCUUCCUUCCUGCCUUCUUCACCAUAGCUUUCGUCAUCGGGCUGGCGGGCAAUUCAGUAGUUGUGGCAAUUUAUGCCUUUUACAAGAAGCAGAGAACGAAGACAGACGUGUACAUCCUGAAUCUGGCUGUGGCAGACUUGCUCCUGCUAUUCACGCUGCCUUUCUGGGCAGUUAAUGCAGUACAUGGGUGGAUUUUAGGCAAAAUGAUGUGCAAGGUAACUUCGGCCUUGUACACAGUAAACUUCGUCUCUGGAAUGCAGUUUCUAGCUUGUAUCAGUGUUGACAGAUACUGGGCGGUUACUAAAGCUCCUACCCAGUCAGGAAUGAGGAAACCGUGCUGGAUCAUCUGCUGCUGUGUGUGGAUGGCUGCCAUUUUGUUGAGCAUCCCCCACCUGGUUUUUUAUACUGUGAAUCAGAACAGCAGGUGCACGCUCAUCUUUCCCCACCACCUAGGAACCUCCCUGAAGGCAUCGAUUCAGAUGCUGGAGAUCUGCAUCGGCUUUGUGCUCCCCUUCCUUGUUAUGGGGGUGUGCUACUCUGUCACAGCCAGGACACUCAUCAAGAUGCCAAACAUUAAAAAGUCUCGGCCCCUCCGAGUUCUGCUCACAGUGGUCGUGGUUUUCAUUGUCACCCAGCUGCCUUAUAAUAUUGUCAGGUUCUGCCAGGCCAUAGACACCAUCUACUUGCUGAUCACCAACUGUGACAUGAGCAAACGCAUGGAUGUUGCCAUCCAAAUCACAGAGAGCAUCGCGCUCUUCCACAGUUGCCUCAACCCAGUCCUGUACGUCUUCAUGGGAGCUUCUUUUAAAAACUAUAUUAUGAAAGUGGCUAAGAAGUAUGGAUCCUGGAGAAGACAGAGGCAAAAUGUGGAGGAAAUUCCUUUCGAUUCUGAGGGUCUUACAGAGCCAACCAGCUCUUUUACCAUUUAAGUGUAAAACCGCUCUACUUUUUGCUUGGAUACACAUAAGUGAUGUUUCUCAGAUAAAAUAUUUGCCUUAUUCUGAAACUCAAGCAUUAGACACCCGACUACUGUUGCAACUUACAACAAAGAGGUGUAGGGGUGGGAAACAGAAGCAACAAAUGGGAAAGCAUGAAAAUUGAAAUUAAUGACACAGGAAAAUACCAGCAGCAGGCAUAAAUAACAGCACCAUGCCCUAGGAGGAAGGCCUUUGUAGUGCUGGGGUAGUUUUGUAUUGUGAUUGCUAUGGAGCUAUUCUGUAACAACUCCACACAGUGUGUGAAUUCCAACUUCCUGGUUUUGAUAUCAACUAUAAUUGUGUAGGAUAAACCACAGGGUUUGAAAGGGUACCCAGGAUCAUCCUGUGCUAUCUUUGUAACUUCCUGUGAAUUUAUAGUAACUCCAAAAUAAAAGAAAUUCAAUAAAAAGCCCACCAUGCUAGAAGCCAGACAAUCUAACAUUGAUUAAUAGAGACUUUUAUAAUUAUUUUCCAAUUAAAUUUUAAUGAUAAUUUCCCUGCACAAUUUUUAUACUUCAAUAACUAUGCAGCAAAAAUUACUGUUUUUUUCUGUUUCUUAAUUUAUGCUGGCACGUGCCUUUAAUCCCAGCACUUGGGAGGCAGAGGCAGGCGGAUCUCUGUGAGUUCAAGGCCAGCCUGGUCUACAUAGUGACUUCCAGGACAGCUGGGGCUACAAAGAUAUCAGAAAGAAUAACAGUUACCUAUAACCCCCCCCCCCCGAAUGCCCAUGAAUUUUCUGAACUUUUCAUGAUUUCUGGUAAGUUCCUAAAUGUGUAAUUUGCUUCCAUGAUGUAAUCUUUCUUUGAUAAUUACUAAAGAAAAUUAUCCUAAUAAAUGCUGGGUUAAUCCUGCAUAUUCUGGAAGCAAUCCACAGAUAAUCAUAGUUUUCUAGACUCGAAUUUUAUAAUUUCCUAAAAACCUUGCCCAUGUAUGUGAGUCUUUUACUGAAAGCUGAUGAACAGAUAUAUUAUCCCACAUAUAAGUGCUUAUUUUUCAUUUAAACAUGCAUAUUUUAAGCAAUAAAAUAUGUACCACAUUAC